AUGGAUCGAAGGCAGCACGAUUAUGCUGCGUCUUCUGGGUUGCCUUACCCUCAGCAGCAGCAACAGCAACAGCAACAAGUCCCAAACUUUCCACAGCAAUUCGGAUUCCAUCCGCAACAUCAACAGUACCCAUCACCGAUGAACGCUUCUGGCUUCAUGCCUCCUCAUCCUUCUAUGCAGCAGUUCCCUUACCAACAUCCUCCUAUGCAACAGCAGCAGCAGCAACUUCAUCACCCUCCUCACCCACAGAUGUUUGGUCAGCAGCAACCUCAGGGUUUCCUUCCACAUCCACCUCCACCUCCACAUCACCUUCCUUCGCCAUUCCCUGGACCUUAUGAUUCAGCUCCUCCUCCUCCACCUCCAGCUGACCCAGAGCUGCAGAAGCGAAUCGAUAAGCUUGUCGAGUAUUCGGUUAAGAACGGUCCAGAGUUUGAGGCUAUGAUGCGUGAUAGACAGAAGGAUAAUCCUGAUUAUGCAUUUUUGUUUGGUGGUGAAGGGCAUGGUUACUACCGCUAUAAGCAUUUCCUCUCUACGCAUCCCCCUGGUCCAGGAGGACCUUUUGAUCCUCCAUUUCCGUCAGCUUCUGUGCCUAUGAUACAUCAUCCGCCAAAUCCCAUGAUGAGCCCUACAAUGAACAAUGUGCCCGGUGCAUUGGCAGCUCCGCCUAUCCGCCAACCUCCUUUCCCACCGUUCCAUGACCACCAGCAGCAUCUUCCGCAACCUCAUCCUUUCGCGCCCCAUGCUCGUCCUGAUUUUAAUCAGUCAGCUCAUGCAUUCAGAGGUCUUUCUGGUCCACUCCCUGCUGAUGUUGCAGUGGAACUAAAUAGUGUCUUGGCCAACCUUAAUGGCACAAAAGAGUCUAUCAAAAGUGCUAAGAUUUGGUUCAUGCAGAGGUCUCCCUUUGCACCAGCUUUAGCAGAGGCAAUUAGAGACAGAGUCUUUGCAAUAGAUGACUCUGAUAGACAGAUGCACAUAGUCUAUUUAGCGAAUGACAUUCUCUUUGACAGUUUGCAACGGAGGACAAACUUGCAUGAGUUUGACAACGAAGCCCUUGCUUUCAGACCUGUUUUGGGUUCCAUGCUGGGGAGAAUUUACCACUUUCCACAGAACAAGGAAGAAAACCAGUCACGUCUGGAGAAGAUUUUGCAGUUCUGGGCUUCUAAGGAGGUUUUUGAUCAAGAGACCAUCUCCUCCCUUGAGAAAGAGAUGAAAGGUGGACCACCUGCAAAUACCUUUUCUCGUUCACCCAAUGUAGCAGCAAACUCCUUGCAACAUCCAGGAAUGAUGCAACAGCCUCCAAGCAGUAAUGUUCCUAGCACAAUGAACUUAGAGCAUGUGGCUAGUAAUCCGGUUGCAACCCAACAGUUUAUCCCAAAUGUGAUGCCUCCUGGUGCCUUUCCCGGUUCCAUACCGCUUAACCCCUCUGUUCCACCUCCAACACAACCAGUGGUUGGUGAGAAGCCGCCUCCUUAUCCUCUAUUUCCUCCUGGUCUGAUCCCUGGGAUGGUGAGAAAGAUGCAGAUCGGCAGUGGCGUGCCUUACUCUUCACUGAGCCCUCUUGAUAUCCCGACCAUCAUACCACCAUCUGAUACACCUCAAUCUCGAGUACUCGAGAGAGUAUCAAAGUUCUUCAAGGAGAUAGGUGAGGUCAACCCGAGCGAAGGCCCCAUGGGAUCUGAAUCGCAAGAUGACUAUGAUGACUACGAGCGGGAUAGUCCAGUGCGCAAAGGAGGUGCAUGCAUUCCUCCACCUCCAAAUCUACAGGUGGAUCCGGAGACGGGCACUUAUGCGGAUGGAAGCACCGAUAAAAAGAGCGGAUCUGGGAGAUUGGGACUUGGAGCAACAGCUGAUCCCAACGAGCCAACUCAGUACGAUGAUGUUUAUACAUCUUACAGGAAACACAGAAGUACGAAUUAUCACACAUCCAUGAGUGCAAGAUCUACAACCAGAUGA